GGGGGCGGGGCCUGUGACCGCUUCCGGCUUCCGGAAGCCUCGGUCGCCGCGCGUCGCCGUCAUGGCAGCCGAGGAGAAGGACCCCCUGAGCUACUUCGCAGCGUACGGGAGCAGCAGCUCAGGCUCCUCGGACGAGGAGGACAGCAGCGAGCCGGAGGAGACGAGGCGCGGGGCUCCGGACCCGGCCCAGUCGGCGGGCGGCCGUGGGAACAAGAAGCUGCCGGGCCCCGACGAGCUGUUCCGGAGCGUGACGCGCCCGGCCUUCCUCUACAAUCCGCUCAACAAGCAGAUCGACUGGGAGAGGCACGUCGUCAAGGCGCCCGAGGAGCCGCCGAAGGAGUUCAGAGUCUGGAAGUCCAACUGCGUGCCGCCCCCGGAGACCUACGCGGCGGAGAAGAAGCCGCCGCCGCCCGAGCUGGACAUGGCCAUCAAGUGGUCCAACAUCUACGAGGACAACGGCGACGACGCCCCGCAGAGCGUCCGGAAGGCCCGGCUGCUGCCGGACGGGGAGGAGACGGUGGAGUCGGAUGAUGAAAAAGAUGAGCAUACUUCUAAAAAGCGCAAAAUAGAACCAGGAGAACCAACAAAGAAGAAAAAGUAGAAAACAACAAAUGACAGAUUUUGAACUGCGAAACUUCUUGAUGAAAUGGUUUUUUGGGCAGAUAAGUUGAUAUUGUAAAAUAUGAAAUAUCAUCUCCAUGAAAGUACCUGUUAAUAAGUUUUGCUGCAGGAACUUUCCACUGUAAAAUUCACUUUUUUUUAAUUUAAAACUUGUAUGUAUUUAAAACUCAAAUGGUGACUUGUGAUUGUGAAGUUGACAACACUUAGAAGCAUUCUUGCUUUCACAGAACUGGUGACAUGCUUUGAGAUUUCUGUCAGAUGUUGACAUGCCAAUGUUCUAUGAACCUUUUAUAAAGGAAUGUAUUUUUAAAGUAAAUAUAAUGUAAUGUACUGUGAACUUGUAGGGUGCUUUUCAACAGUGUUUGUACAGUGUAAAUAGAUCAUGGAAAUAAAAUUACUUAUUCAAUAGUACUAUUACUGCAUUACAUUAACAUUUGAAUAUUUAUGACAGAUACUCUCUUUGCCAUGUGAUGUUAAUAGUAGGUAUUACCAUUUAGGGAUUUCCUCCUGUGUUCCAGGUGCUUUGUACAUACAUUAUCUGUGAUCCUCAAACAGCCUCGUAAAACAGGUAUUAGUAGCCUUAUUGUAUAAUAAAGAGUAACAUCCAAGGUUACACAGCUAGUGAGCAGUGAAUUUGGGAUUUAACUCAUGACACUUGAGCUCUAAAAUCAUCAUGCUAAACCAUCUAUCCGCCAAUCAAAAUUUAGGAACUGUGAUUGGCAUCUUUUCCAGGUACCUUUCUGUGGUAGGUAGUGGAGAUCCUCUCCUCACCUGAUUGUAUUGCACGUAUCAUAUAUGUCUUAUAUUGUGAAAAUUCAUUGAUUUCCCUGUUACAUAGUAAGUUUGCUGAAUACAAAGAGUUGCCAGAUGUCAAAAAUAAAAAUACAGGACACACAGUUAAGUUUGAAUGUUACAUAAACAACAAAUAAUGUUUUAGUAUGUGUAAUAUUUAAAACCUAUUUAUACUGAAAAUUUGUUUACCUGAAAAUCAAAUUUAACUGGGUGUCUUAUAAUUUAUCUGCCAACCCUACUUGUACAUGUUUUCUCUACCCAGCUCCUAUUUUAAUGCUUGUAUAUAGUAAUAAUCAAGAAAACAAGAUUGUAGUCAGGAAGAUAAUAUUUUAUUUGACAUAUAUGGUCAAAUGUAGUGCUGUUAUUUGUAACAUUUUGAACAAUAAAAGGAAAAACACUGCA